UAAACAUCAUUCAUUAAAAUUUAAAACUGAUCUAACUUUGAGUGGAACAAGAUCAAUUUUAUCCACCAAAAUUGUUUGCAAAACUCCAAAUAAGUUUGACUUUAAGUUUAUAUUGUAUAAUCAUAAGCACACCCAAAAACUCGAAGAGAAGAAAAUAAUUCACAAGAAAACAAAAUCUAUGCCUGGAUUUUCUUUGUACUCUCUCGUUUUAUCAUUAACGUAACCAAUAGAUACUCAUUAGAAUGACAUUCUUUUCGCUUUUGUUUUGUUAUGCCGUGCAUAAUGGUUUUCUUUAUUAGAUAAUUCUUUUGCGUCAGCCUUUACGUUGGUGACUGUGACAUAAAUCACAUAAUCAAUCUCUUAUAAUCCUUCCAUCUGCCUUUAUAUCAACACUCCCCCAGCCUCAAAAGCUAGCAUGAAUCAGCAUUAUCCGCGAAGCCACAAAAACCAGUGUACAACCCAGAGCACGUGACCUUACCCAAUCUCCACAGACCACAAUCAUGGUGGCCGAGCUUCUAGCCAUAGCUCUUCUUCUCCUUCCCUACUACUACUAUCUCAUUUCAUCUUCGCGGAAGAGGAACCACCGACCCAAGUACCAAAAAUUCACGUCGUCGUCCACUGUGGGACUCCUCCCUAAAUCAUAUCCCCUCAUCGGUUCCGCCCUCGACAUCGCCGCCAACAAGGAGCGGCGGGUCCAGUGGACCUCCGACAUCGUCCGCAGCUCCCCCACCGCCACCUUCACCCUCCGCCUCGCCCUGGGCUCCGCCCGCAUCUUCACCGCCAACCCGGCCAACGUCCAGCACAUCCUCAAGACCAAUUUCCCCAACUACCAGAAGGGCUUCGACUUCCGCACCACUCUGUUCGACCUCCUCGGCGACGGCAUCUUCAACGCCGACGGCGACACCUGGAAGUCCCAGCGCCAGCUCUCCAGCCACGAGUUCAACACCAAAUCCCUCCGCAAGUUCGUGGAGACCGUCGUCGACACCGAGCUCUCCGCCCGCUUAAUCCCAACCCUCUCCGCCGCGGCUGCAAACACAGCCGCCGCCACGCUCGACUUGCAGGACAUUCUUCAGAGGUUCGCCUUCGACAACAUCUGCAAAAUCGCCUUCGGGUACGACCCGGGUUACCUGGCUCCGACCCUGCCCGAGGCCCGAUUCGCCACCGCGUUCGAGAACGCGGUGCGGAUUAUCAGCGGGCGGUUCAAUUCCGGGGUUCCCCAAAUCUGGAAGAUUAAAAAAUUUCUAGGGAUUGGAUCUGAGGCGGAGCUGAAGGAAGUGGUCUCGGAAGUUAGGGAUUUCGCGAAGAAGAUCGUCAGAGAGAAGAAGGCAGAGCUGAAACAGAACGAUUCGAUCGACAUUCUCUCUCGAUUCUUGAGCUCGGGCCGUAACUUCGACGACGAAUUCGUGACCGACAUCGUAAUCAGCUUCAUCCUCGCCGGGCGGGACACGACCUCGGCGGCGCUGACCUGGUUCUUCUGGCUGCUGUGGAAGCACCCGGAGGUGGAAUCGAACAUUCUAGAAGAAAUCAGGGAGAAAUCGGAUACGGCGAUAUACGAAGAAGUGAAGGACAUGGUUUACACGCACGCGGCUCUGUGCGAGGCGAUGAGAUUGUACCCGCCGGUGCCGAUCGACACGAAGGUGGCGGCGAACGACGACGUUUUGCCGGACGGGACGGAGGUGAGGCAGGGGACCAGGGUUUCGUACCAUCCGUACGCGAUGGGGAGGCUGGAGGAGAUUUGGGGGAAGGAUUGGGCGGAGUUUAGGCCCGAGCGGUGGCUGGAGAGAGAGGAGGAUGGGAAGUGGAAGUUCGUAGGGAAGGAUCCGUUCAGCUAUCCGGUGUUUCAGGCGGGGCCGAGGGUUUGUUUGGGGAAGGAAAUGGCGCUCCUGCAGAUGAAGAGGGUGGUGGCCGGGAUUUUGAGGAGCUUUAGGGUGGUGCCGGCGAUGGAGGACGGGGAGGAGCCUGUGCUGAUUUCGGAUUUGACUACCAAGAUGAAGGGAGGGCUCCCCGUGAGGUUUGAGGCUAGGGAAAUUCGUGUGGCUUGAUAAUAAUUUUCUUUUUUAUUUAAAUUUCCCUGUGAUGGGUGUACUACUGUACUACUUGUUUGUUUUUCUUUCGUUUUUAACCGACGUGUAAUUGUUUGUACCUUUUAUUUCAGACAGAUUUUGGCACUUAAUUUUUGGUAAUGAUGAUACAAAAGUUUGUACUUUUCUUUGUUAUGGUUUGUUUGUGCCUUUUAUGAACACAAAUAAUAGGAUGACAACGGAGUAGGUUGAAGAUGGAUAUCAUAUCCAUUACAUUAUUUAAAUAAGGAAUUCUUGAGUGC